AUGCACGGAGAUCACGUUAUUGGCAGCAUGCAUCGGCGCGUGCUUCGUGCGAUGCGCGACGAGAUGAACAUGUGUUACGGUCAUGUCCGCACAGGGUGUCUCUUGUCCAACGUGAGCAGCCCACGUCCAACCCAGUAG